ACGAGGAAAGGAAAGCCUCCUCGAUGAUUCCUCCAGCUCGCCGCUUCGCUGAGCUGUCAACACAUGGGACUGCGAAACGCUGUCGCCGUAACGUCGCUUUGGUUUUUAACACUUGUCACCUCGCGAACGGACACCGAGAGCCACUCGAGUGGGAUUUAGCCAUGGUUUCCAUGGAGCACGUGGCUCACAAGAUACUAACUUACUUGCCAUACGUUCUUGUUUUGAUGGACAUGCGAUACGAAGGAGUCAAGUGUGGCAGAGAGGGGAGCGUGGACCAUCACAUGGAGAUGGGCAAGAAGCUGCUAGCAGCCGGACAACUAGCCGACGCUCUCUCUCACUUCCACGCCGCUGUGGAUGGAGAUCCAAAGAACUACUUGGCCUAUUACAGGAGAGCCACGGUGUAUCUGGCCAUGGGGAAGUCCAAGUCAGCGCUGCCAGAUUUGAGCAGAGUCAUCGAACUCAAACCUGACUUCACAUCUGCGCGGCUCCAGAGGGGAAACCUGCUCCUGAAGCAAGGCAAGCUGGAUGAAGCAGAGAGUGACUUCCGGCAAGUGUUAAAGGUGCACCCUAGUGACAAAGAGGCGACCGAGGCCCGCAAUCAGCUGACAAAAUCCGACGAGAUCCAGCGUAUGGUGGCUCAGGCGCGGCGGAGCUACGACGGCAAAGACUACGCGGCGGCCGCUGCCCAGCUCGACGCCGUCAUCGAGACUUGUGUUUGGGACGUGAGCUCUCGCGAGAUGCGCGCCGAGUGCUUCAUUCAGAUGGGCGAGAUGGGGAAGGCCAUCGCCGACCUGAAGGUCUCCUCCAAGUUGAGGAAUGACAACACGCACGCCUUCUACCAACUCAGCACCAUCUACUACGACCUGGGAGACCACGAGAUGUCGCUCAAUGAGGUGCGCGAGUGCCUAAAGCUGGACCCUGAUCACAAGCAGUGCUUCAGUCACUACAAGCAGGUCAAGAAGCUCAACAAACAGAUCCAGUCUGCCGAGGAACUCAUCCAAGAGCAUAGGUACGAGGAAGCUGUGAGUAAAUACGAGGCGGUGAUGAAGACUGAGCCCAACGUAGCGCAUUUCACCAUCCUGGCUAAGGAGCGCAUCUGCCACGCGUUGACACACGGCCAGCAGAAGCCCAUCAAAGCCAUCUCGGUGUGCGGCCAAGUCCUCCAGUCGGACCCGCACAACGUCGAAGUGUUGAAGGACAGGGCCGAGGCCUACAUCCAGAAUGAACAGUAUGAGGAGGCUGUUAAGGAUUACGAAAGUGCGUCCCAACACAGCGACAGCGACCGUCAGAUCAAAGAAGGUCUGGAAAAAGCCCAGCGCCUCCUCAAGCAGUCUCAGAAGAGAGACUACUACAAGAUCUUGGGAGUGAAAAGGACGGCCCAGAAGAAGGAGAUCAUCAAAGCGUAUCGAAAGCUGGCGCAACAGUGGCACCCGGACAAUUUCCAGGAUCCGGAAGAAAAGAAGAAUGCAGAGAAGAGGUUCAUAGACAUCGCUCAGGCCAAGGAGGUCCUAACCGACCCAGAGAAGAGAACCAAGUUUGACCAGGGCGUAGACCCCCUGGACCCAGAGAGCCAGCAGGGUCACCACGGGGGCGGUGGCGGCCAUCAUCACUUCCAGGGUGGCUUCAACCCGUUCGGAUCGGGGCCCUUCAACUUCAAAUUUAACUUCAACUAAGGAACAUUGAUGCUCAGACUUCAUCAUUUCCUUUUUUUUUUUUUUUUUUAAAAAGGGAGAAUGCCGGCCCACGUCUUAAUUAAAGCAGUUUGUUGACGUGCAAACUCCAUUUUGAAUACGACAUGUUGCCAUGCAAACAAAAAGGAGCUUUUUACCUACCGGGAGCAAAAGGGUUCAUUCUAAAGUAAGUUUUCUCUUCUGAUGCACAUCCAUUCAGGAAAAUCAUUUUGUACGUGCUGUACACUACUAUUUUUAUAUGACUGGAAUGUGUCUUGACCUGUAAAUAAAGAGCUUAUUUAUGUAUAUUA